CAUCGGAAACACUGUUGUGUCACAACGGCUUGUUAUAAAAGUAAUUCCAUCGUUGUAUUGGCUUUACAAGCUAGAGAAAGUUAAAGCCAAACAUUGUCGUUCCAUUACAAAACGUUACAGCUUCAGAGUCCAGAAACCACCAAGUCAAACGAAUCUAGAAGUUCAAAAGAGGUAUAUAAUUAUGAAGAAUGUUCCUAACUUAUCACUGCUUUUAUCUAUCAUCAUAUUUACACUGUUAAUAAGUGGGCACCUGGCGGCACAACCUGUAAAACAAGAAAACAACAGAGUACAAUUGGCAAGAUCAAAUACAAAUACGGCUCCUGAUAAUGAUGACAAGUUUAUGAAAAUAUGCACCAAAAUAUGUACAGCCGGACACCCAUGUCCUCCAGAAUGCACGAAUCUACUUGACCCUUGGGCGUAUGACAGUUUUCCGGCAAGUGUAAAAAAACGAUCAUCAGGAAUUGAUGGUUUCACGUUCGAUGAUUAUUUAUUUUUGAGAUGGCUUGGUCGCGAUAUGAAGCGUCACAGGUUACAGUAGAUGGACACAAAGAUAUAGAGAUUUCACCACAAACAUUUUUGUCACUUAAAUAUUUUACUAAAAGGCAAGCUCUGGGUCAUGGGUUUAUAACGAUGUCUUGCUUGUUAGAUGUUAAAAAUAUUAUAGUUAUAUAUAACCGAUCAAAGAAAGAAAAA